UUUUUUCUUCUGAGACUACACAUGCCAUUGUUCCGAUCCUUCUACAUAUACAUAUUUCUUCUAUGAUAACACCUAAGAAAAAUUAAACCCAAGAAAGAUCAUCUUAUCAUAUUUACAUAGCUAGAAAUGGAUCCAAAGCCAAAGAAAAUCUCAAAUAACAACAAGAAGAUGAUUCAUGUUCUACUUCUUCCUUAUCCCACACAAGGACACUUAAACCCUAUGCUCCAAUUCGCCAAGCGUUUAGUCUCCAAAGGAAUCAAAGCCACUUUGGCCACCACCAUCUUCGUCCACGCCUCACUACACAAAGCCAACCCAACUACUACAAACCCUAACCAUCAUCAUCAUCUAAGCAUCGAUUUCGAGACCAUCUCCGAUGGCUACGACACCACUGGUCGCUCCGUCUCCGGAAUCGGAAUCUACCUCGAAACCUUCCGAGUCGUGGGAUCUCGAACACUGGCCGAGUUGAUAAGAAGGCUCAGCGAGUCCGGUCGACCGGUGGAUGCGGUUGUGUACGACUCGUUCUUGCCUUGGGGGCUCGACGUGGCCAAAGGGUUUGGCCUUGUCGGAGCUGUGUUGUUCACUCAGUCGUGUGCUGUUAACGCCGUGUAUUAUCAUGUUCACAACGGAGCUGUACUGGUUGAUGAAGGUGAUGACGUUAAGGGGAAGAAGAAGGUGGUUUCGCUACCGUCGUUAGUUCCUCUUCAGAUCUCGGAGUUGCCGUCGUUUUACUCGCCGGGAUUGUAUCCCGGUUACCAUUAUUUAGUACUUAAUCAGUUCUCUAAUGUCGAUAAAGCUGAUUUUGUGCUUUUUAAUUCCUUCUUCGAGUUAGAAAAAGAGAUCGUAGAAUGGAUGGCAAAAUUGUGGCCAGUAAGAACCAUAGGUCCGACGGUUCCGUCGAUGUGCUUAGACAAAAGACUUGAAAACGACAAAGACUACGGCAUCAAUCUGUGGCAGCCAGACAACGACAUUUGCAUAAAAUGGCUAAAUGAGAAGUCGUUUGGCUCUGUCGUUUACGUGUCGUUCGGAAGCGUAGCGAAAUUAGAAUCGGAACAGAUGGUAGAACUAGCAUGGGGUUUGAAGAACAGUAAGCACUACUUCUUAUGGGUAGUAAGGGAGUCCGAAAAGACCAAACUACCCUUGGAAGAUACACUUAAGCUUGAUGAAAAAAAGCAAGGAUUAUUGGUGAAUUGGUGCCCUCAGUUGGAAGUGUUGGGGCAUAAAUCUUUAGGGUGCUUUUUGACUCAUUGUGGGUUCAACUCGACCCUUGAGGCCCUGAGCUUGGGAGUGCCAUUGGUGGCCAUGCCCCAAUGGACUGACCAAACCACCAAUGCUAAGUAUGUUGAAGAAGCUUGGGGAGUUGGGAUUAGGGCUAGGCCUGGUGAGGAUGGAAUAGUGAGAAGAGAAGUUGUGGAGAAUUGUGUGAAGGAAUUAAUGGAAGGUGAAAAGGGAACGGAGAUUAAGAAAAAUGUUAAUAAAUGGAGAGAUUUGGCUAGAGAGGCAGUGGGUCAUGGAGGUAGCUCUGAUAAGAACAUUGAUGAAUUUGUAGCCAAACUAGCCCCUCUUUAAUUACCCAUUUAUUAUUUCUUUGUAAUAUUUAAUUAAUGAGAUAUCAUCAAUAAGGGGGUUUUCUUUGUUUGGAAAUAUUUAUAUUAAUUAUUUUUAAAUAAACGUUCUAAUUUUCCAAGAA